AUGGACGCGGUCGGCGGAUCCUGGGCAGGCACGCUCGCGUGCAGCGAGUGCCGACGUAAACGUUUGACCGCUGAAUCGUUCAGCGCCAAUCAGCUGAGGAAGCUGCGCGAAGGAAAGCUCGCCGAAGACAAGGUUAAAUGCAAGGAAUGCGUAGCGAAAGCGGCGACGGAGGAGCGCGAGAGGGCGUCCCAAAACAGCAAAGCGAGCAGCAACGGCGGCGAGGGCAAGGACGAGCCGCUCUCGUGCAGCGCCUGCAAACAGAAAAGCCUUCCCCGGUCGAGCUUCACCAACACGCAGGCACGAAAGCCCGACGCCUCUCGGAAGUGCCGCGACUGCUCCGCCGCCGCCGAAGCCGCCGAGGCGGAGGCCCUGAGGGCAGCGCGAGAGGCCAAGAUGACCGACGCGCAGGCGGCGUCCGCGUCCGCGGCCGCGCUUCCCAAGGGUGCCGCCGGGGCGGCAGCCCGCCUCAAAGCUGCCAGCGCGGAGUGCGCCCGGGAGGCGGAAAAGGUGACCGGUUUGAAACCCUUGGUAGGCGCCGGGAAGCGGGGGGGGCGGGGGCCGGGAAGGGGAAGGACUUGGCGAGGACGAGCCAGCUCGGGCCCAGCAACCCGGGGGAGAGCAGGAGGGAGGGCAGGCGGCGGGAGAGGGGAGACUUAA